UAAUGGUCCAGUAGGAUCAAGGUGGAUUAGAAUGCCUGUAUAAAGAGCAUCAGGCAGCAUCAUCAGGCCUGCAGGUGCCCAGCUCUACCAGGUUCUUGGUUGUAUGACAGAAAGUUGUCGCUGCUUGCCAAAUGGAAUCAUCUGUGGCCAUGUGUGGUCUCCUUUGCCUGCUGUUCAGCCAAGCUGUCCCCAUGUGUGUGCCCACGGACUACACUCUGUAUGAGGAGAGACAUGAAUGUGACUUCUGCGUGGCCAUCAAUACUACCAUUUGCAUGGGUUUCUGCUACUCAAGGGACAGUAAUAUGAAGGAGCUGGCCGGACCAAGAUUCCUGGUCCAGAGAGGCUGUACCUAUGACCAGGUGGAGUACCGUACAGUGAUACUGCCUGGUUGCCCGCUCCAUGCCAACCCUCUCUUCACCUACCCCGUAGCCCUCAGCUGCCACUGUGGCACUUGCAACACAGACAGUGAUGAGUGUGCCCACAAGGCCAGCAGUGGUGAUGGCCCCAGGUGUACCAAGCCACUCAGACACAUCUACCCAUACCCUGGCCUGAACAACUACAUCCACCCCAACUAAAUCCUCUCCCUUCCGUGGACAGAUGUAGGAUCUUAAUUUGAGCUGUUUUCUACAGCAGGAAAAUAAUUAUUUAACAAAAGGAAAUGCUAAUUAUUAUAUGGAUUAUAGUUCAUGGUCAUUUUUUGUAGGGUUGAUACAUUUUUUGUUAGGCUAAAUCAUGCCUGACAUUUUAAAGUGGAAAUUACAAACUUCAGAAGCCUUUUUUGCUGAGCAGGAAAAUGUUCAGCAACAAGAGUGAUCAAAUUAAGACCCUGCAUCUGUAGGAUGGCUGUAAUGACCAUACUACCAACAGGGGAGGUAAUGAGAAUGAUCAGUUCAAAUAAAGUUUAUGGUCAAUAGCCUACUCAUUAUCAAAAUAGAACAUCAUUGUGCUUAGCAUUGUGUUUAUGUGUUUGUGGUGGAUACAUACCUGUAGCUACAGGGUGGUGGACACCAUGUAUUGUGACAUGUAUACUGUCUGUUUUGUAUCUGGAUGUGCUUUUUAGUUUAUUGCUAUACUUACAAUGGAGGCUGACCCUGGUAUUUUCAUCUGCUUCCUGGGUUUGUCCUUCUCUGUCUGUCCUGUCCAUUGACUCACUGAGCUAUUUUGUUUACGUUGAACCAAUACCAUGAAUGCAACUAGAUUAAAGCUGAAGUCUGUAAA